CCCCACACCCUCACUUCACUUUCCCCUGCUUUUCCAGGCUUUAGGGCUCUAGGUGUUUAGGUUCGUCGGGUUUUUUCUUCACUUCACACCCCAAAAAAAUCAGAGCACAUCCUGAAACUAGAAACCCGCCUAGUCCUGCCUGCACUCAGUGUGCGUUAGGUGUGUGUGUUAGGUGUGUGUGUGUGUGUGUGUGUUGCGGAAAGUCUCAGCAGGAAUAACAGCGCAGGAGAGAUGUGGAAAGGUUGCGCACUUCUGGCCAGGAUCCUGAAGUUGGGACGGAUGUGACGAGCCAUGAUGAGAGGAGGUCCAUAGCCUAGUGGACUCUGAUGCUGAAUUUGGGCAACGCGAUCCUCUUCAGUCCUCAAAGCUACACUGAAUCAUCUCUGUACCCUGAGCUCUCUUAAAGAGGAGACCAGAGAGGCAAUAUUGUCCCAUUAACAUCGAUUAAAACACCAUGACGACGUCGUCCUUGCGCCGCUCCGUGAAGAACAUCGUAAACAACUACACGGAGGCGGAGAUCAAAGUGCGAGAAGCGACCUCCAAUGACCCAUGGGGUCCUUCGGGUUCACUCAUGAUGGAGAUCGCCGAGCUGACGUUCAACGUGGUGGCCUUCGCCGAGAUCAUGGGUAUAAUCUGGAAGCGCAUGAAUGACCACGGCAAGAACUGGCGUCACGUCUACAAGGCGCUGACGCUGCUGGAUUAUCUGGUGAAGACUGGCUCAGAGCGUGUGGCUCAGCAAUGCAAGGAGAACAUCCACUCAAUCCAGACACUCCGGGACUUCCAGUACAUAGACCGUGAUGGCCAGGACCAGGGCGUGAACGUGCGCGAGAAGGCCAAGCAGCUCGUUUCUUUACUCCAAGACAAAGAGAAACUGAAGCAAGAGAGGGGCCAGGCUCAGACGACUCGUGAGCGCACAGCCCAUACCGGCAGUGUCAAGGCAUACGGCUCCAUGCCUCCACCCUACUCGGGAAGCCGCACCAGCCAGCCCACCAUGGCAGCCGUCUAUGGGGACGCGUACAGCCGCUCUCGAGGCUCACCCUCCUCCUACAACUUGUCCACUUCGCCCCCUCAUCUGGCCCCAGAGCUGGAGCAGGCGCGGCCGCAGACCAGCGGCGAGGAAGAGCUACAACUGCAGCUGGCGUUGGCCAUGAGCCGAGAGGAGAGCGAGAAGCCACCUCCUCCUGUGGAUAUCGAUGAACAGACACAACUUCAGAUUGCAAUGAGCCUCAGCAAGGAGGAGGCCCAAAAGAAGCCUCCUCCUGCUGUUACCCUGGACAUGGACGAAGAGACGCAGCUCCAGAUUGCUCUGAGCCUCAGUAAGGAGGAACAUCAGCAGGAGGAGCGAACUCGCCUGGGAGAUGAGUCGUUGCUCCAGAAAGCUCUUGAAGAGAGUAAAAGAGAAAUGGAAGCCAAAGCAGGAGGGUCUGCCAUGUUGGAUCUGAUGGAUAUUUUUGCUCCGGUCUCUGAAGCGCCACCCAGUGCCAGCCCGUGGGAUCAGUCUGGAGCUGGUGGUCACGCGCAGGCUGUGGGACCGCUGAGGGUCGACCCGUGGGAUUCUCUGGAACCAAGCUCCUCAGCUCGAGGUCCUGGUAGCUCCUGGGCAGCACCUUCCAGUCUUCACUCUCAGCCCUGGGACCAUCGGUCACGUCCUCCGGACCCAUGGGAAGCUCCUCAGAACGCCCCCAGUCCUGCUCCCUCAAGUCAGACAUGGCUCUCAACUGCGGCCCCUGCAGCCACAGGAAUAGAUCCUUUCUCUCCUCUAACAGCAGACAAAAAAGUAUCUGCUGUCCCAGUCAGAGGCUCGUCACCACGGCCCGGGAGUCCCACAGAUGGAGAUCUUUUUGAUGACGCCAUGGAUGGAGGUCAGGUGAACGUUAACGGUCGCAGUGAGGGAAGUCCAGAGUUAUUUGACUUGUCUCGUUUGGGAGAGAGUUUAGCAGAGCCAACGCCUCGGACCUGUCGCACUCCGGAAGCCUUCCUGGGCCCUGCAGCGGCUUCGCUCGUCAAUCUCGACUCCUUGAUUCCGCCAAAUCAGGCUCCUAAAAACCUAAACCCGUUUUUAACAGGUGUGAGUGCUCCUUCUGUCACAAAUCCAUUCCAAUACGAGCAGCCACGGCUCACGCUCAGUCAGAUGCGUCCUAGCUCCACGUCCCCUGCUCCCACCUCGCUGCAAUACAGCGCCUCUCUGCCUCUGCCUGCCAGCAAUCAGCCUUUGUCCUUACCCAGCUCCUUCACCCAGCCUUCAGAGGGACACGUUAACAUAGCCGGGAACCUGCCUCAACCGCUGCUCCCUCUCUCAUCCACAUCCACAUCCACACACGGACAGCCAGAUCAGAGUCAGAACCCCUUCCUCUGAGGGCUGGCGUGAGCAGAGCUACAUGUGGCCUGAAUGUAAGCUUGCUGGCCUGAGUAACAAUGCUUAUAACGGAGUGACGAUUUAACUGCAGACUUGGAUCUAAACUGGAAUAUAGUCCAAAUUAAAGACACUACUGUUUUAUACUGGCUAACUGUUUUCACAGCUCUUUGCUAUUGCUACUUAUCAUCUUAUAUCCAUCUGCACUACAGAACCAAUGUGUCUUUAUAAUCAUAUAAGCAAACAGCACAAAUUUCUUUUCUUUUUUUUUUUUAAAUAUAGGAUCAUGAUCUAAAUUCAGACCAAACUUCAACCCAUGAAAUGUAACGACCAGUAACUUUACAACACGUUACAGCUUCACCGAUCUCUCUAGACCUGCUUUGGUAAUCCUUCCUUUAGUAUUCCAUACACCCUGGUGACUCCCUGUUGCACUUUCCUUCUGUAUUAUUCAUUAUGGAUGACUGAUAUCAAUGAGCGGAAUAGCAUGGAAGCUAGCCAACAGCCCCAUCCCGAUAAUGAAGCUCACUCAGUCAAGGAUGUCUAAUCAGUGUGCCAGAUAUAUAACACCAGACCAAAACCUGUUUUUUUUUUAACCAUCAUUGAUAUUGGCUGCUAAGUGAACACACUUCAUGAAGGGAAUGAAUUUACUGUGGAGUGACGACAUACUAACAGAAUGUGUGAAUAAGAGACUGUUAUGGAAAAACAUUUCUCAUCAAAUAUAGGAAUGAAAAUGCAACUUGCUGUCAACUAAUGUAUGAUU